UCUUGACUUUUCUCCAACCAAAAGUCAUGCAAAAAAAAUUUACACUAAAGGUGCAACCAAUCACACCAUAUAUAGUCCCAAUCCAUCGUUUCUUUCACUCAUCUCACCAGACAAAAAUCUCAAAAUCAAAAUGGGAAAAAUCAAAUCCCUUUCCUUUUCAUUCUUAGCAAUAACAUUUGCUUUUGUGCUUCACUUUCAACACAUAGUUCUGGCACAAGAACAUGUAGCAUCUUCAGAAAGUGAAGCAUUAGGCCUAACACCAGAAACAAAAAGAGAAACACUAGAAAUCAUCAUAGGCGGCGGAGGCGGAGGCGGCGGUGGUGCCUAUUCUCCUUCUCCUGCUCCUUCCCCUGAGAAUAACUGCCCUCCUCCUCCACCUCCGCCGUGUCCCCCUACCCGAUUAGAAAAGGCGCGCGCCGCACUUCUCAAAUUCAAAACACUUAUCAAUGACCCCAACGGGUACACUAGUAACUGGAACAAUAAUACAGAUACCUGCAAUUUCAAACGAGUCCUUUGUGGAACAUUCCCACAAGAUAACCAAAAAGCAGUUGCUGGACUAGACUUCAACCAAGCAAGAUUCUCAGGUAAAGACUGUACCAAUAUACCACUCACAGGUCUCACAGGUAUAUUAGACAAAAUACCAGAAUUAACAUUCUUCCAUGUCAAUUCCAACAAUUUCUCAGACCAAAUCCCAAAAGCAAUCACUAAUUACCCUUAUUUCUACGAACUCGACCUCAGUAACAACAAACUUACCGGUCCCUUUCCAAACGAAGUUCUUCAAUCUACCAAGCUAGUUUUCCUAGACCUCAGGUUCAACAACCUCCAAGGCUCUGUUCCAUCACAGUUAUUCGACAAAGAUCUCGACGUAAUCUUCAUCAACAACAACCAGUUUAGUUCUUGUUUACCUGCGAAUUUUGGUUCAACCCCUGCAAGGUACUUAACUUUCGCCCACAACAAUUUCGUGGGCGAAAUUCCUAAAAGUAUUGGUAACGCUGCGAAAACUUUAACCGAAGUUCUUUUCUUACAGAAUAGAUUUGAAGGUUGUUUACCUUAUGAAAUCGGUUACUUGAAAAAAGCUACUGUUUUUGAUGUUAGUGAAAAUUUAUUAACCGGUCCUAUUCCUGCUUCUUUCGGUUGUUUAGAGAAAAUUCAGUUUCUGAAUUUAGCGCGUAACAAAUUCUACGGUACUGUUCCUGAGAGUGUUUGUGUUUUACCUGGGAUACGUAAUAAUGGGAAUUUGUCUCUGGCGAAUAAUUAUUUUACCGCGCUUGAACCGUCGUGUUGGAGUUUGUUGAAGUCGAAGAUAUUGGAUGUUAGUGGGAAUUGUAUUCCUGGACUUCCGAAUCAAAAAUCGAAGCAAGAAUGUUAUGCGUUUCAAUGUAAGGUGAAGCCGUGUGCGAAUGCUCAGAGUUUGAAGUAUGUUCCUUGUAAGACACAUUGGGGGCAGAAACAGAAUGCUGCCCCGGCUGAAAUGGCUACGGAGCCUGUUACUUAUAAGUCUCUCAAACCACAUCAUUUGAGGUUGUGAGUGUUCGCUAUGUAGCGAAAGGAUUCAGAUUGAAGGCGUGUCAAGUGUUUUCAACACAGACACAAAAACCAGGAACAGAGACACAGACACAUGUAGUUAUAUUCAAUUUCUCGUAUUUACUUGUUAUUAUUACUAUUGUGUAUGUGUUAUUGUUUAUAUUAUGUGUAAAAUAUGUGUCGGUGUUAUUAGUUCAUAAGGUGCUAGUGCCAUGGUUUGUUGAGGUUCAAAAUAAUGCUCAUUUGAAGAUAUUUUAUUUUAACUCUAUGGAAUUAUUAUGUUAA